GCUCUCAAAAAUCUCGAAUCAAUAACCAAAGAUACUAAUUUUGAAGUUAAAGAUAUGAGGCAGCAAAUCGAUAUUAUAGCUCAAGAUAUCUCUAUUAUAAAAUCCCAAAAAUUAUGUGACAUCGAUGCUUCUAUGAUUAAUCCAUGUGAAUUAAGUGAGCCUCUAAAUUCAAUGAAGAGUGACGUUACACCUUCAAUUAUCUUAUAUUUAAAUGUUACAACCUUAAACAAAAUACUUUCUUCUUCAUUGAAGAUUAUUGAAGAUUAUGAAGUUUUUGGCGGUGCUUAG